CCCGGGCCGGCUGCUUUCCUUCUCCUCCUCGUUCUUAUCCUCCUCCUCCUCCUCCUCCUCGUCCCCGGCCACCUUCCUCGCCGUCGUCCUUCCCCGGGGGAGGCAGCGGGAGCCCCGCCAUGUCGGGGCAGUCGCUCACCGACCGCAUCGCGGCGGCGCAGCACAGCGUCACCGGCUCGGCCGUCGCGAAAGCCGUCUGCAAGGCGACGACCCACGAGGUGAUGGGCCCCAAGAAGAAGCACCUGGACUAUCUAAUACAGUGCACAAAUGAAAUGAAUGUGAAUAUUCCACAGCUGGCAGACACACUCUUUGAGAGAACUGCAAACAGUAGCUGGGUCGUAGUGUUCAAAGCUCUAAUUACAACACACCACCUCAUGAUGUAUGGAAACGAGCGUUUUAUCCAGUAUCUUGCAUCGCGAAACACAUUGUUCCAUCUAAAUAACUACCUGGACAAAAGUGCCAUGCAGGGCUACGAUAUGUCUACCUUCAUUAGGCGAUAUAGCAGAUACUUGAAUGAAAAAGCACUUUCGUAUAGACUUGUAGCAGUUGACUUCACCAAAAUGAAAAGAGGGAUAGAUGGAGUGAUGAGAACCAUGAACGCUGAAAAGCUUCUGAAAACCCUUCCAAUCAUACAGAGCCAGCUUGAUGCACUCCUUGAUUUUGAUGCAAAUCCAAAUGAACUAACAAAUGGUGUUAUAAAUGCUGCCUUUAUGCUCCUAUUUAAAGAUUCCAUUAGACUUUUUGCAGCAUACAAUGAGGGGAUAAUUAAUCUUUUAGAAAAAUACUUUGAUAUGAAGAAGAACCAGUGUAAAGAAGGCUUGGAUAUUUACAAGAAAUUUCUAGCCAGAAUGACCAAAUUGUCAGAAUUCCUCAAAGUAGCAGAGCAAGUUGGAAUUGAUCAGGGUGACAUUCCAGAUCUUACUCAGGUCAGUGCACCCAGCAGCUUGCUUGAAGCACUGGAGCAGCAUUUGGCUUCUCUGGAGGGAAAGAAAACAAAAGAAGUCUCCGCUGCCAGCAGAGCUAGUGCCUUAUCCAGUGCUGUUUCCACACUUUCCAACACAGGAAUGUCAUUUAGCAGGAUGGAUGAGAAAGAAAAGCAGCAGGCAUUGGAGGAGGAACAAGCUAGACUGCAGGCACUUAAGGAGCAGCGAUUAAGAGAGAUUUCUGUAGUAUCAAAUUCCACUUCCACAUCAGCAUCCCCAAGCACCUUAUCAGGAAAAAGUGUGAAUACCAGUGUAGCUGUUGACCUCUUUGCAGUACCAGCACCCACAACAAAUAGCAUGCCCAACCUCUCUAGUGAUCUUUUUGAUCUUCAGCCUGCCUUCGUUCCAACUGUACAGAGUACUCCAGCUAUAUCAACUUCAGCAAGCAGUGCGUGGGGAGGUCCUUUCUCGUCUUCAAAUGGUUGUGUUGGUUCUCCACCUCAUCUGGACAUCUUUGACAUGAAGCCAGUUGAAGAAGCUGUAAAAUCUACCGCCCCUUUCAUCAAUUCUACCUUUUCCUCCAAACACACAGUGGAACUGUUUAGUGAUGACUUCAGUGGUCAUAAAUCUACAUAUGCUUCUGUGUAUCAUCCUCUGCCUGUUGAUGGUUUUCCUCUUCAUUCAGCUCCUCCAAGUACAACCCCUUCAACAAUUAAUGUGGACUUUGAUGCUGUUUUUGGAGGAAAAUCUACAGCACCAGAGUAUAGGACUACAAGUGCUUUUAACGUUCUAGAUGAUGUAUUGCAACCCACAGUACCACUACAAAGUCAAAGAGCCCCUUCAGCCAACCAGCAAAGUGGAAAAAUUUUGGCAAAUGACCUCGAUUCUUCUCUUGCUAAUCUAGUGGGAAAUCUUGGCUUUGGAGGAACUCCAUCCAAAAAAUCAGAUAUGCAGUGGACCCAGCCUACUGAGAAAAAGCUUACUGGUGGAACAAACUGGCAAGCAAAAACAAGCACAUCAACCACGUGGAACCCUACUCCCCUAUCCACUAUGCCACAUAUGGUACCUGCUCCUAUCACCUACCCAGUGACCACACCUCAAGUGCCUGUAUAUGGAAUGGUACCUUCUCAGAUUGGAGCUGCUCCUUUGAUGGCACCCCAGUCAAUGAUAUAUACGCAGCCUGGUCUAAGGCCAACGAAUCCUUUUGCACCUGUCUCUGGAACUCAGGAAGAUGUAGAUUCGUUUAUGAAACAGCCUGGAAAUGAGACAGCAGACGUAGUUCUUAAAAAGUUGGAUGAGCAGUAUCAGAAGUAUAAAUUUUUGGAACUUAAUCUUGCUCAAAAGAAAAGGAGGCUAAAAAGUCAGAUUCCUGAAAUUAAACAGACAUUAGAAAUUUUAAAACACAUGCAGAAGAAAAAGGAAUCCACAAAUCCAAUGGAAACCAGAUUUUUAUUGGCAGAUAAUCUCUACUGCAAAGCUUCAGUUCCUCCUACAGAUAAAGUUUGUUUGUGGUUGGGGGCCAAUGUGAUGCUUGAAUACGAUAUUGAUGAAGCUCAGGCUCUGUUAGAGAAGAAUUUGUCAACAGCCACGAGAAACCUUGAUUCUCUAGAGGAAGACCUGGAUUUUCUUAGGGAUCAGUUCACCACUACAGAAGUCAAUAUGGCUAGAGUUUAUAAUUGGGACGUAAAGAGAAGAAACAAGGAAGACCCUUCCAAAAACAAAGCAUAGUUUUGCCAAUUUUAAAUGUGGUUUCAAUUUGCAAAUAUUUUUUAUUUAAACACCCCCAAAGUUCAUUCUUAAGGGACUGAGUUACUUUAAGCAUUUCAGUAAAUGGUAAAAUAUAUAAAAACUAAUGGUGAGCACCAUCUUAUUUAUUUGUAAACUCAAAAUUUGGUUUCAUGCAUGCUUCAUGAAAUUACUGAUUAUUCGAAAAGACACCACGCGGUCCAGCAAAGGACGUAGUAUUUUGAUCAGACCAGUCUAUCCUAAGUAAAUUUCUACCUGGAAGUUUGUCUGAGAAGGUGAGGUGCAUGUAUGAAACCGAGUCUGACGUUUUAGCAGGUUAAGGUAACGCAAGGGUUUACUUUUUCAUCUCUGUGUGCAGCUGAUAAAGUCAGCACGGGCUGGGAAGACACGCAGCUAUAUUGUUCUAGGAAGCAGGAAAAAUACCGUCACAUCUUGGAUUUUGUUUCUGUCAGGUACUUCUUUGGCAGCAUCAACCUACAAGCAUUCCUGAAUAUACACCUUGGAUAAACUUGGUUUUAAUAAUUAUUUGUUAGUUAACUGCCUGUUACUGAACUCUCAGCACUUUACAUACAACAGUUUGCGACUUGUCUUCUGAGAAAAAUGGUAAAUGGAGUAAACAGCACAAGCUAUGUCAAGACUGCAGGUGCUCUCACCCUGUUCUUUUUCAUACACAUGCACACGCUGCUUACUUUUGCAAAUGUCUUGAACCAGGACACAAAAAUGCUGGCAGCCUGUAAACACGAGAAUCCCCAUUUGCGAUCCCUUAGACAAGAUGUCCAGUUGAAAUGUCUUAACACUCUCAGCCUCCUCAGUGGUGAAACCUGUAUUAGAGAAGGAUGGUUGACUGCAGUCUGACUUCUGGUGUUAAGAGUUGGAAUGUUUUUUUUGGUUCUUAUGAAGCCUUGCAAGAUUGUUGCCUUUUACCUCUGCAGUAUCUCUCUAAAAUGAAAUGCUCGUUGGUGAUGUCAGUGGCUAAUAUUCACAUCCUGUGACUAGGAAUACAGGUUUCGCUGCGAAAUAAAUGCAAAUGUUAACUGUUCAAACUUCAUGUAAGAAACAAUAUACCUGUAAAGUUUUUGUACUUUUAUUUCAUGAUAUUAAAAUAGUGAAACUAAACAAUUGCGGCAAACACCA